AUGGACUUUGUUGCCUCAUGUAAGGCCAUGAAGAAUAACAAACAAUGCAAACUUCAUUUUUGUCAUAAGUGUUUAUUAAACAGAUAUGGUGAGAGGGCAGAAGAGGUAGCUGCAUUAGAUGAUUGGCAUUGUGUUAGGUGCAGAGGCCUCUGCAACUGCAGUUUCUGCAGGAAGGAACAAGGACUUGAACCUACAGGGAUUUUGGCACCCAAAGCUAAAGCAAGUGGGUUGUCAUCAGUCUCUGAGCUUUUAAAAGUUGAGGGUGUUAAUACCUUUGCUUAUCCCAAAAGGGCAAAACUGGAGGAUGUUUCCACUGAAGAUGUUGCCAAUGAGGACAACAAAGCAGCGGGUAAGAAGAAGAAAGCCUUGAUUAAGAACAAAACCGGUUUAACAAAGGAGGAGGAUUCCAUUGAAGAUGUUGCAAAGGAGAACAACAAAGCUGCUGGCAAGAUCAAGAAGGCGAAAGCCACCAAUGAAGUGAAAGAGGAGAUUAAGAUUGAGAUUGAGGUUAAACUUCCUGAUGGUAUAAGCUUGACUAAUGUCGCAGGGAUUGAUGUACCGAGUGAAGAAACAGGAAAUGUAUUGCAGUUUCUUGAAUUUUGUUCAGCCUUUGGAGAGGCUCUUGAUUUGAAAGAAGGGCAAGCUGAAUCUAUUGUUACUGAGUUAUUCUCAUGUGGGCGUAGCACAAGGAGGCAACAAUACUGCUCUGUUAUCCCUAUGAUGAUCCAGUUGUUGGAACUAAUAUCACAUGAUAGAGAUGUGUCUUUGUCUCUAAGUGCAACUGACAGCACUUGGUUCAGUUCUCUUGGAGAGUGCCUAUUGCAAUCAGGAGUUUUGAGUGAUGUGUUCCCACCUGAAACUUUCACUUCAGGUGUCUCUGAGUAUAAGAAGAUGGAUGCAUCAACAAAGCUCAAGCUUCUCAACUUCUUAUGUGAUGAAUCACUUAGCACAGGGGCAUUGAGAAACUUCAUUGAUACCAAAAAUGUGGAGUUCGAAGCAGAGAGAAAAGAGGCAAAAGGAAAGGCUGCAGCUGCAAAGGAAAAGGAGAAACAGCUGAAGCAGAAGAUGCAAGGUGAUCUAGUCAAAGCCCAUAUGGAAAAAAACGGAGUACCAUUAACCAUUGAAGAGCAUCAUGCAAUUGUGUCUCAAACAAAAGCUGAAGUUAAAGAAGCUCAUGAAAAAAUGCUGGAGGCAAAGGGCAUGAUAUCUGGAAAGAGGCAAAGAUGUGCUGCUGCUGGAACUGACCCGAUCCUAUACAAUGAUGAUGGUUUUGUUCUCUGGAAACUAAAGUGCUUUGAAGAAGAACCAAAGUUUUUGCUUCAAGAUCUAGGUACAUAUGGUGAUUUAUCUCCACAUGAAAAGUGGUUAGCUUUUAAGCCUGAGCAGAAACAAGAGAUUGAGAAGUAUGUCUCUGCCAAAGGAUGAAACUAAAUCGAUCACAAAAAUAUGCAAAUGUGAAAACGAAUUGAAGAGUGAGGAAGGCCAUCAUGUAAUUUUCAGAAGUCAUUUAACUCAUUUCUUCCCUUUCUUUCUUUUUUCAUCUUGGCUUCUUUCCUUCAGUCCGGCUUAAUUCUAUUGUAUGAUGAUAUGCUUGUUUUAUGCCACAAACUCUUAUUAUAAUUUGGAAACCUCAGUCUUGGCUGUUUCAUAAAUAUUAUCAACAUC